AUGGCGUAUACCGCAGGUAUAGUUGCAUCCCUGGCAAGGGAGACCAACGAAUCCUUGGAGGUACUUUGCGAGACUCAAAUCAACGAAGCUAUUAUUUCCGGCCUCACAUGGUCCCGCCGGGUCGCUACACUACACUUUCCACAGAGAGGGGAUGGAAAAGAGCCCACACUCCAGGACAUGAAAUAUGAUACGGCCCCUGAUCCGAUCUUGUUAUCUCUUAAUACCACAAUUUCCGAAAGGGCCGCUAGUGGCGAACCGGCGAGGGUCUCACUGUUCGAUUGCCUCCCGUACGGUAAUGUCUAUGAUAAGACUCCCUCGGCGAACCUCCUCCUUACCAGUGAUGACAUUGUGACCAAUGGCCCAAGGAAUGUGUUGCCUUAUGUCCCCAAUGCAUCGUUUGGUGCUCUGAGGACUGCGGACCGAACUGAGAUCGAUGGUUUUCGUCGUAUCGCCAACGAGAUUAGGGGGUAUGUGGAGAAGAUACAAACUGGGCCCCUCAAUCUUGCAGUCUUUGGUCAACCCGGCUCGGGGAAGUCUUUCGGGAUCAAACAGCUUAUCCGGACGAUUUUAAAAAGCCAUGAGCAAACCGGUGCUGAAUUUGUGUUCAACCUCUCACAGUUAGAAAACAAAGAGCCGCUGCACUCAGUGUUCGACACGAUCCGAGACCAAUCCUUCACCAAGAAUAUACCAGUCGUAUUUUUCGAUGAAUUCGACUCGAUAUUUAACGGCUUGGCUCUUGGAUGGCUAAAUGAAUUCCCGGCGCCGUUUGGAACGUAUCCACACAAACUGGGCCGGGGGAUUCAUGUUUACAUAGGCGGAAAGUCAACCCAGGCCCCCGAUAUCCAAAGGAAAACAAGAAAUUCCCAAGCCCAUGGAACUGGAACGAUCAAGUCUUUCGGAGGAUCUAAAGGAGGUUUUCCUGCAUCUCUGAAUAAUGUGGUUUAUCUGGAAGUCUUGCUAAAAGAAUUGUGUUCCUAUGGCGAACUAGUCGAACAAUUUCAUUGUAUUCGAAACCAUGUCCUCGACGGAAAGACGCCUAUUGUGAUAUUCAAAGACUUUAACACGAACCUAGGGGAUGGCAUCCUGGGCUGGGUCAAGUACUUUCUAUCGCCAAUGCAAGACGCCGAGUUCUUUGUGGACGGCCACGACCGGCAUAUCGGACGUGCAGUGUUCGUUUUCAUUGAGAGAGACAGUGGUCGAUUGGCAGGCUUCCCGGACACAACAAAAUUUUCAGAGGUUGUAAAGCGCUCCAAGGGGCCUGAUUUUGGAAUUGUUGAAAAAUAUUUGGCCGGGAACAGGAUCGCUGCAAAACCCCUUUCAAUCGGUGUCAUGAAACCCCCAAGCAGCUGCAGUAAACAAGGGACUGAAGAUUCGCCUCCAGCUGUCAAGGAGGCUGUGGAUGUCCGACAAAAAUUUGUGGACGAGAUCGAGAAAUCCACAGACGGGACCUCGAAGCAGGACGGGUACGUGGGUAUCAUAGGCCCCAACAAGGUCGAUGACGCAGACAGAAUGUUUUACAUCCGGCGUGCCAUUCUACUGUACUCCAUGGCAGAAGUGAAAAAUCUUGAAGUUGAGGGUGAGCUGCGGCAGGCACUACUUGGGGUUCCUACGCUUCGACAUGGGCCCGCUCUCUGGAGGCAAUUUUGA